GUGCUUCCCACGUGCCCACCCCCCAUUGGGAAAUCGACCACUUUGGGCCGAUUAUUUCUAGGGCUCUUCAUCCUCGUCCCUAAUUCCACCCUCUCUCUCGAUCUCAUUUGCCCUAAUUCAGUCUCCAAGAGCGAAAGGUAUAAAAAGAAAAGAGGAAAGAUGUCUUCAUCUCGAGAGGAAAAUGUAUACUUGGCUAAGUUGGCAGAACAGGCGGAGAGGUAUGAGGAAAUGGUGGAGUUCAUGGAAAAAGUAGUGAAGACCGUGGAAACCGAAGAGCUCUCUGUGGAGGAGAGGAACCUUCUAUCUGUUGCCUACAAGAAUGUGAUUGGGGCUCGCCGAGCCUCGUGGCGUAUUAUAUCCUCCAUUGAGCAGAAGGAGGAGAGCCGUGGAAAUGAAGAUCAUGUGAACAUUAUCAAGGAGUAUCGGGGCAAGAUUGAGACAGAGCUCAGCAAGAUCUGUGAUGGGAUCCUCAAACUUCUCGAGUCUCACCUUGUCCCAUCCUCAACUGCUGCUGAGUCCAAGGUGUUUUACCUCAAGAUGAAGGGUGAUUACUAUAGGUACCUUGCUGAGUUCAAAACUGGUGCUGAGAGGAAAGAGGCUGCUGAGAACACACUCUUGGCCUACAAAUCUGCUCAGGACAUUGCUGUGGCAGAGUUGUCUCCAACUCAUCCGAUCAGACUUGGUUUGGCGCUCAAUUUUUCAGUGUUCUACUAUGAGAUUCUGAACUCACCUGAUCGUGCUUGUGCUCUUGCAAAGCAGGCAUUUGAUGAAGCUAUAUCAGAGCUGGACUCUUUGGGCGAGGAAUCUUACAAGGACAGCACAUUGAUCAUGCAGCUUCUCCGUGACAAUUUGACUCUAUGGACCUCUGACAUCACGGAGGAUGCUGGUGAUGAGAUUAAGGAGGCUGCAAAGAAAGAGUCUGGCGAGGGACAGUGAUACUCAUCUAUUAUUCCAGACCCUUAGGCAUUAGAAUAUUUCCUCUGGUACUGGAAAAUAUAGAUAAGCUCAUCUGCUAGACCUUUGGUUUUCAAUUUAUAGAAAUGUAGUCAGCAUUCAUAUGCUCGACGAUAAAUAGCUCAGGACCAUUUUGAGCUUAUGGAUGGAUUGUUCUAGACCUUUAAAACAAAACAUAUUUGGUAAUUCAUGUCGGUGUGGAAGCAUUCUUCUGGGGUGUUAAUGGCCUUGUGGUUAUUGUGGGAAAUCCUUUUGUAACAGUUUUCUUUCUUCUAGUUAUCAUCCAUGCUAAUGUUUGAUAUC